AUGAGAAAAAUUGAAGAAAAAAUAACGCUGGGGGCUGAGGACGUAGAGGAGGUGCUGGAGGCUGAGGCCGUAGAGGAGGUGCUGGAGGCCAAGGUUGAGGCCAUAGAGGAGGCACAAGGAGAAGAUGAGGAGGAGCAGCAGGAGUAUGUGGAGGAGGAGGAGGAGGUGAAUUUUGAGGAGUUCGAGGUGAUCGAGGUUGUGAGAAGGGAGGGAGACGAGGAAGUAGAGUGGGGGCAGCCAGACGACGACUGGCAUCUGCACUGGACUGCGAACGAGGUGACUGAGGAUGAGGAGGAGGAGGAGGAGGUGAAUUUUGAGGAGUUCGAGGAGAUCGAGGUUGUGAGGAGGGAGGGAGACGAGGAAGUAGAGUGGGGGCAGCCAGACGACGACUGGCAUCUGCACUGGACUGCGGACAAGGAGACCGAGGAGGAGGAGGAGUUGGUCAGUAGUAGUAGCCUAGAACAACAAAGUUCAAGAAAUUGA